GCAGAUAAAAUGCCAGGUCUGGAUGUCUCUGGGGACAACCUCGCCCUGUGUGAUGCGAAAGAAUAGCAUCUUGCCUGGUGAAUCCACAGGAAUUGAUAAGGCAGGCGCAGUUCUUCCAGAGAGGCCUUUGCUUUUUUAGCUCUAGCUGUGGUUUCUGCAGCAGUUUUGUUUUCUGCCUUAAAAGAGGUGCUGUGGAUUAUCAGACCUCCAUGUAUGACAAUUUGUACCUGCAUGGAGUUGAAGACUCGGAGGCUGGCUCAGCAGAUUCCUAUACAAGCAGGCCAUCGGACUCCGAUGUCUCUUUGGAAGAGGACCGGGAAGCGAUUCGGCAAGAGAGAGAACAGCAAGCAGCUAUCCAGCUUGAGAGAGCAAAGUCCAAACCUGUAGCCUUUGCUGUGAAAACGAAUGUGAGCUACUGUGGUGCCCUGGAUGAGGAUGUGCCCGUUCCCAGCACAGCCAUCUCCUUUGACGCCAAGGACUUUCUUCACAUUAAAGAGAAAUAUAACAAUGAUUGGUGGAUAGGAAGGCUGGUGAAAGAGGGCUGUGAGAUUGGCUUCAUCCCGAGUCCGCUGCGGUUGGAGAACAUACGCAUUCAACAAGAGCAGAAAAGAGGCCGUUUUCAUGGCGGGAAAUCAAGUGGAAACUCUUCCUCAAGUCUGGGAGAAAUGGUGUCAGGAACAUUUCGAGCAACUCCCACAACAACAGCAAAACAGAAGCAGAAAGUGACGGAGCACAUCCCUCCUUACGAUGUUGUGCCAUCAAUGCGUCCUGUGGUGUUAGUGGGGCCGUCACUGAAAGGUUAUGAGGUUACAGACAUGAUGCAGAAAGCCCUCUUUGAUUUCCUGAAGCACAGGUUUGAUGGGAGGAUAUCAAUAACAAGAGUGACAGCCGACAUUUCUCUUGCUAAGAGGUCUGUCCUCAACAAUCCUAGCAAGAGGGCAAUAAUUGAACGUUCAAACACCAGAUCCAGCUUAGCGGAAGUACAGAGUGAAAUUGAAAGGAUCUUUGAAUUGGCAAGAUCUUUACAAUUGGUCGUUCUUGAUGCAGACACCAUCAAUCACCCAGCACAGCUUAUAAAGACGUCCUUAGCCCCCAUCAUUGUUCACGUGAAAGUGUCUUCUCCAAAGGUCCUACAGCGGCUGAUUAAGUCCAGAGGAAAGUCCCAAAGUAAACACUUGAAUGUUCAACUGGUGGCAGCUGAUAAACUGGCCCAGUGCCCGCCUGAAAUGUUUGAUGUUAUAUUAGAUGAGAAUCAGCUCGAGGACGCAUGUGAACAUCUGGGCGAGUACCUGGAGGCAUACUGGCGUGCCACCCACACAAGCAGCAGCACCCCCAUGACCCCGUUACUGGGGAGGAACGUGGGCUCCACAGCCCUCUCGCCAUAUCCCACAGCAAUCUCGGGAUUACAGAGUCAGCGAAUGAGGCACAGCAACCAUUCUACAGAGAAUUCUCCAAUUGAAAGGCGAAGCUUGAUGACUUCUGAUGAAAAUUACCACAAUGAGAGGGCCCGCAAGAGCAGGAACCGCUUGUCCUCCAGCUCCCAGCACAGCCGAGACCACUACCCUCUGGUGGAAGAAGAUUACCCUGACUCAUACCAGGACACUUACAAACCCCAUAGGAACCGAGGCUCGCCUGGGGGAUACAGCCAUGACUCCCGACAUAGGCUUUGAGGCUGCCGAAACAAACAAAAAUCAUCUGUUGACAAUUUGCCAUAGCACUGCUAGGAUAAACCAGUCAUCUUAAUUUGGCAAGCACAGCACAGUAUCUGCUGUGUGGGUGGGAUGCUGUCAUUUGAUUUAAGGGGCAAGAAUUAAAUAGAAGUACAUUAUGCCCUUGAGUCUAGACGGGUAGUAGAUGCCCAAUCACAUAGGUAUUUUUAAGUGCUACAUUUACAUAAUAACAGUACCUUUUGUUUUCUUCAUAGAUUUUAGACACAUCAAUUUGUAAUUUAGGGUACUUGUCAAGGCACAUAUAAAAUAAUUUCCCGUGUAGGAAAUUCCAAAUGACCAGUUCCAGUUGGAACCAAUUUAUAAACCAAUUCCUGUUGGAAUUUGGGUGAAUUGACUGGAAAGUCUACUUGAGCAUGUUGAAAUCAAUUGAAAAAUUGGAAAAAAAAAACCAAUAAGAAAAUCAAAAUACUAAUAGAAACCAAAACCAGCUAUGGUAUUUAUUUGCUGGAAGCUAAAUUUACACUUCAAGGUGGACUAUAUAAACAUUUUAAUAAUAUGUUAAUGUUGCCAGAAUGGCUUUUCAAACUUACCAAAUGUAUUGAUAGUGCCAAAAAAAUUCUCAGAAAUCUUAAUGCAGAAAUUAUAUAAUCGCCUCAGAUUUUAAUAUUUUUAUUUUCCUAAUGCAGCUGUUGUAUUCAAAGUGUUUUGCUUUCUGUUCAGUCAGUACCGUUAGCCAGUUCGAAGCUGACUAAAUAAGGGGGAAAAUGUGAAUAGUAAAGACAAACCCAAGCAUGGCUAGUUAGAGGAAAUGGAAGAUGAGGUGUUGUUUCUUCUGUAAUCAGUCUGCACACAACUACACACAUCUGGAGAUCCGAAGUCAGGUAGCAGAGGUGUGGCCGGACCUUUCUGGGCACAAAAGUAAUCGGCUCCAGAUGCGAAUCCAUCCAUCCACUGCACACUGACACCGGUUUAGGAGUUGUGCCAGCAUAGCUGAGUGUCUUUCCCUCACAUUACUCAGUCUCUGUCUUUGACUAUAAUGAAUGUUUUGGCCAUACACCACAGUUUUCAAAUCAAAGGAACAACUUCUCUUUUAUUUUUCAUGGGCAUAAUCAGAUUAGGUACUAAAAGUUAUGUUUUCACAAAAUAACUUUAGGAAAAGUUAGCACACCAAAAUCAAAUAUUGCAGGGAAAAAAAAAAAAAAACCCUUACUGAUUCGGAAUGUAUUGAUUCACUCAAAGCAAGUUUAAAGGCAGUUUGAAGGCAGGGCGUGAGUGAGUUUGCAGACUGCUCUGUGUUCUUGCUGGUGGACAGCCUUUAGAUUCCAAUGAGUCUGUACACGGUGACCACGUCCUACAGUAGUAAAGAAGACUUUAAUUGAAGAAAUUCUUGAAAUUGACCCUUUUAUGCAAGAAACAAAUGUCUUUGUGAAAGGACUUAUUUCUAAAAUGACACAGCGCAUUUGUUUUCUAAAACCCCAGUUGGAGCUACACCUGAGUCUCUUUCUAAUAAUGGCUUGAAGUCAAUUUUUGAAAACAAGUAUAAUGUAUUUUAUAUUGUUACUUUUCUCCAAGAAUUUCAAGAUCUGAGCCCUCAAACUAUGUCCCAGUUCAUUAAUUUUCCUUAUCGCGAGUAUAAAGUUUAAUUCCCUUAAACAGUUAUUCAUAUCUUCAAUCCCAUCAACUCUAUGUGCCCCCUCCUUGUCUUGGCUGUAUGUGCAACCCGUUAUGAACCUGCUUAUCUGAUAAUGAGGCUGCCUGAAAUUUUGUAAGUAAUCUCAAACAUUUGAUACAUUUAAACAUGGGCUCAGUAAAAUUGACAAGCUAAUAUAUGAUAGUGGCUUGUGAAGCUCUUUUGUCACCUAGCGAGGCUUACAGAAUUUUGUUAAGACAUUUAAGAGAGCUAUAUUCACUGGGCUCUUUAAUAAGCAUAUAAUCUUCCAUUACUAAUACUUUGUUAGAACACAGAAGAGCAUUUUCCAGCAAACAAACUAUAUUUAUUACAUGUAUAGCACAUAUUUGCAUGAGAAAGAAAACAUUAGCCAAACAUUUUCCUGUAUGCUUUACUGGUUUCUUGUUUGUGCGCAUUAAAGCAUUUAAUUGCAGAGAGUGCACUUGGGUGUAUAAAUCUAGAGUAGACUGCUGUUCAGCUUUUUCUGCAGUAGCAUUAGCAAUUUGGUCAUUUAACUACUUUAAGAUAUUUAUAUUUUAUGGCAGGUAGCUGUAACAGCAUUUACAUAUAUUUCCUAGUCAACAAGGUUUCCAUUUCUUUCAACUUUCAAGAGUCACUUGUUUUUCAAGCCUUCCAGCCUUUUUCUUUUUUCCCCUUUUUGGUAUUACAUGUCAUGCUGAAAGAGGGAGACCCAUUUAAUCUGUGCACAAAACUCAUCCAUCAUUUGCCAUCAAAAUUCCAUACCUAUUUUGCUUUGCAGCCCUAUUAAAAAGCUAACAAUAUUGGAAAGGGUGAAAUGUAUAUUUUUGAUGAACAUAUUUACUGUUUCACUUUAAUUUUGAAUAUCUUUCAUCGUCCUAUAAAUUUCUCUCCUUCUAAUGGGGAAGAGAUAUGACUCUUUUUAAAGGCUCAGAGUUGCUUGUAUAAAUGACGAAAAUCCAGAUAUAUACUAAAUAAAAAGUUUUAUUUCUGCCAAGCAUAUUCCACAGGUUCUUUUUAAUAAUACAUUUCACUCAAAAUGGCAAGUGAUGACAAGCAGGAGAAAUAUUUCUGUAUCUUUUGAGGCAGUUUUCACUUAUAGAAUAGACCACAUUAGAAUUCUGUGAUUUUUCAUCAUAUGUAAUAAUGCAGACAUGUGCAACAAUGUGGAAACGUGGUCCUGGAAAAGGAGGAAAUGUAAUUUGUGGGUCCUUUUGUUUAUUUCCAAGGCUAUGAUGUGACUACAAGAUCAUAAUCAACAUGGUUACCUUGCUUAUAUUAACAUUUAAAACAGCACAGAAUAGUAUUUUUAAAUAACUAUUUAUGCUCUCUCAUCUUUAUAUAGCUUACUGGGAAGAAGACUGAAAUUGUUAGCAAUUAGACUUAUGGUCUUUCCUAAAAAGAGUCUCAAUUGUCUGACUAUACAAAUCAUUGCAUCUCAUCCGUAAUGGAAUGAAUUUUAAAGUCUGAAAAAAUUGAGACAAUUAUUUGUUCCACUUUAAAUAAUCUGUUAUUUACUCGAAUUAUUAUUGUUUGCAAAAAUGUAUUUUUAGAAUGUUAACCUCUUUUCAUACCUGCAUACUUGAACUUGUCUUUUGUGUGGGGGCCUUAAAUUUCAUAAUAGAGAACAGAGGAAGUAAAAAGGGAAUGAAGACAAGGAAACUGUGGUAAAGAUAGCUCACAAUCUUCAACUCUUUAAAUGAACAUAUCCCAAAAUGUUGAAACAUAGCAUGUCAGUUAAGAAUGUUUCCAAGCAACCUUAAUUUGCAAGCUAGUAUAUUUUCUUAUAUAAUUUUAUUUUGAUAUUUGCUGGAAAAAAACAAUACAAUUACCACAAUACAAAUUGCCCUCUAUUUGAGAUGUGUACUACCUCCUUUCUAGAGAAAACAGUCUGUCUUUGAACGGAAAAGUCCUGGUGAUAAUGUCUAUUCUACCAACCUUGCUGCAGCAUUAGAAGAGUUAAACUAUGCCUGCCCUCUAGACUUCACUCUGGUUUUAAAUGCUCUCAUCAUGGUUUCAUUUCUUCAGUGUUAGCAAGGUUUUCUUGAAAUUGAUCCACAGCUUAUCGUGAUAUGAGUUUGACAAGCAGCAAAGCAAACUGAAAAGGAACUACCUCUGUGCAAAAAAAAAAAAAAAAAAAAAAAAAAAAAAAAAAAAAAAAAAAAAAAUGUAGCCUUUAGCUCCAGGUUUAAGGAAGAGAAAUUCAGAGAUUUGAUGUUUAAAGGCAGAGUUGGGUGAAGCUUGACUUCUCUGGGCACCAAGGGCAGCUGUGGACACUUAUGGGCAGGGAUCUGCAUUGUCUGGAACUCCCAUGUAAUCGGAACAAGGUUCCUAUCUGUGUUUUAAAUAAAUGAUUACAUAACCCUCAUUCUUUCACAGUUGCUUUUGUCUCUCAUGACAAUAUUACGUUUUUUUAAUGAUAUAAAACCAAUCCUUGAAUGACCGUAUGAGUGAAAAUUUUACAGGAAAUUAGGUAAUAAAAUCUGUAUUAUUAGUUCCUCACACCUUUAAAUACUGUCAACACUGUAACUGCUACUUAGGUUAGUUUUUCCAGCUGUGUCUAUAUGGCAAACAGCAGUCCUCUUUGAAAUAAUGAUGAUCAAAUCAGUCAACUUAAGAGCUGCUGGGUGGACUUUAAGAAUAACUUCUUGUUGAGUAAAGAAAUCCAGUUAAUCCAAAUAGUGAAAUGGACUUAUAUGGGCAGAUAGCUACAGCAUUCAGAAACUACUCUUCAAGCUUUCUUCUUUUGUAAAAGGACCUUUCUCCAAUGAAAUGGAACCUCUGAUAGCAAUGUCUCUAUUUGUGGGUAAAUUAAUACCAAAUGCUGCAUGUAAUGAAGGUGUAUUAUGAGAUGAUUAGAAAGUAUAUCAUCAGAUAAUAUUACUUAAGGGCUGUAACUCCUACUUGCCAUAAAUACAUAUACAUAAGAGGGAAUAGUGCUAAGCUUCGGUGAAUUAUAACUUUUCAUGAAACUUUCUUUUUGGUGAAUGUAAAAUGUUCACAAAAAGAGGGGAAAAAAUGUUACCAAUGAAUUUAUAGUAGUUUAGGGACUAUGCUGACUCUUCCUUGUUUGAAAAUUAUAAAGACUUAAAAUGAUAACUGAGUAUCAGGUUUCUAGCGUUUCAAGCAUUUGGGGUUAUAUUUUGAACACUUAAAAUCUCCCAACAGAUGCAGGGGCCUUUCUUGCCCUACUUGCAUGCCACUUCACACACUUCACCAAAAUCAGUGUGAAUUCCGUAUGCACAGGGGUGUUACAGAGAUGGGGUCAUUAAUGCUAUAUCGUUGCAUACUAUUUUUCAUAUGCCUUACAGUAUUUUCUGGGAUGUUAUUAAAAUGAAAGCAUUUUAUUGCCAAAAUAAAUCUAUGUUGUUACUUCUGCAUUAGCAGUAGAAAAUAAUGUAGCAAAAAUAUAUAUUGUACAGUACAAAAUUAUAGUAUAUAUAUAUAUAUAUUUUGCCAAUAAAUGAAAAUAGAUUGAGGAGAAAGAAGCACAUUUGUUAUAGCACAAACUUACAACAAAACCCACUGUUAAAUUUGGCAGUCCUGUUUUUAGAAGUCUGUAAAUUCGGUUCUGUGUUUUAUCAGAUUUAUUUCAUCUCUCAUCUUUGUAAUUUUGCUGCUUGAUACUUUCCAGCAAUUUAUUUCAUAGACUUGCAAUCUGUAGGUGUAAUUUACUCAUUUUACUCCCUUACAUAAAACACGGCAACUUUAUUUUGUGUUAAGACUCAUACUAUAUUACUAUGUUUUCUAUUCCUGUUUCUCCUCCUUUGGUAACAGAUGGCACCGCGUGAGCUCACGGGCUCCUCUGGGCUUUGGAUGUUUGAGAGUGUAUGUUUUUUCCCAGCCUCAAGUUAGAGAUCAGUAAAAUGUCCCCAUGGAAAAAUACUAAGUAGGACUUCUUUGUUUUCUUUUCCACUUGAUAAUAUUUGAAGCAUAAGUUAAAGUUAUUAGCUGUAUAUUUAAGAGGUGGGAGGGAAUAAAAAUAAACGUUAUUAAUAGGAAUCAUACUAAAAAUAACUACGGCAAAAUGGUAUUAAAAGAUUCCCCCUAUUCUGAGGGCUGUUGGUAUCCCAGGCUAUUCCUAUGUCUCUGCUGAUGUGGUGGGGGAAAUGCCUUUGUCAAAUGACUUUCCUUUUCUUUUGGUUAUUUAUUUUAAUAAUUUGUCCCUUUUAUUUUGGUUAUAUAGAUAUGCGUAACGUUCUACAAGGCAUGCUGGGUAAAUACACUAUGCAAAUGUAUACCGUGCUGCAUGCUUUGUUCUCCCUCUGCUUUAGUGGCUUUAAAGGAAAAAAAAUGUGGUGUUAUUUUUGUGAACAAAGACAUUUAACAAAAAAAAAAAUGCAGAGUGCAUGCAUAAAGUAUCCUAAUUUCUAUGGAUUUGUUUUAUGGAAUUUAAAUGUGUACAAAAACUGCAUUAAUUUUUUUAUAUAAUAAAUGA